GGCCCCUGCGGACGCCGCCGGCGGCUCCCCCGUCCACAGGUCUCCCGGGCACCGCGCUCCGGGUCGCCCGUGAGAUCCCUGCUCUUCGUUCCGGCGGUUUUCCUCUCCGUGUGCCGCCAGCCACGCCAGGGUCCGAGAGAACCGGGAGAGGCUCCUUGGGAUUGGCGACCCCUGGAGACUUCAGCUAGCCGCCCGCAGACCUCACGUCACCCCACCCCGGGCUGUUGACAGAUGGAGGUAUUUUAAUGUCCAAAGUUCAUGAAUACACAGAAUAACGCUUCUGACAAAACCAAGAGGAAAUCAUGAAGAAAUGUUUUAAUUUUUGAAACCAUAGUUGAAAUCAUGGCUACAUCAGCAAAUCUGGACAUUGGGGCCCAGCUGAUUGUGGAAGAGUGUCCCAGCAGCUAUAGUUUGUCUGGCAUGCCAGACAUCAAAAUAGAACAUCCACUGGACCCAAAUUCAGAAGAAGGAUCUGCUCAGGGUGUUGCCAUGGGAAUGAAGUUCAUAUUGCCUAACCGAUUUGAUAUGAACGUGUGCUCUCGAUUUGUGAAGUCCUUAAAUGAAGAGGAUAGCAAAAAUAUUCAAGAUCAAGUUAACUCUGACCUGGAGGUGGCAUCUGUCUUAUUUAAAGCUGAAUGCAAUAUCCAUACAUCACCUUCUCCUGGAAUUCAAGUAAGGCAUGUCUACACCCCCUCUACAACAAAACAUUUCUCACCCAUAAAACAGUCGACGACUUUAACCAACAAACACAGAGGAAAUGAGGUCUCAACCACACCUCUGUUAGCAAAUUCUCUUUCCGUUCACCAGUUGGCAGCUCAGGGGGAGAUGCUCUACCUGGCUAGUCGUAUGGAGCAAGAAAAUGUUAUCAAUCACACGGAUGAAGAAGGAUUUACUCCUCUGAUGUGGGCUGCAGCACACGGGCAAAUAGCUGUGGUAGAGUUUCUACUUCAGAAUGGUGCAGAUCCCCAACUUUUAGGAAAAGGUCGAGAAAGUGCCCUGUCACUGGCCUGUAGCAAAGGCUACACAGACAUUGUCAAAAUGCUGCUUGAUUGUGGAGUUGACGUCAAUGAGUAUGACUGGAACGGAGGGACGCCUUUGUUGUAUGCUGUACAUGGGAACCAUGUGAGGUGUGUGAAGAUGCUCUUAGAAAAUGGAGCCGAUCCGACAAUUGAAACAGACUCUGGGUAUAAUUCUAUGGAUUUAGCUGUUGCUUUGGGCUAUAGAAGUGUUCAACAGGUUAUUGAGUCACAUUUGCUGAAGUUGCUUCAGAAUAUCAAGGAGUAAUGCCCUGCCAUUCACAGAAAUGUGUCUGCCCCUCUGCUCACUUCUGGGUCCUUAUAAAUGGUAGUUUUGUUUACUUAUGAAUUGUUACCUCAGUUGCAAUAUUUUCUGACUUUUAGUAAGUUUUAAUAAGUAUUCCUCUGAGUAAUUCACUGGUUUAUAGUAAAAUUAAUAUUAUGCUUUUUUAUAAAUGUUUUACUGUAUAUUUAAAAGUAUAAAUUAAUGUUUUAUGGCAUGUAAAUUUUUAUGGUACAGAUAGUUAUUUGUCUUUGUAUCAAGUGUUGUAAUUUGACACUUUCAAAAAUUAUUCUACCCGACUCAUCCUCACUGUGUAUUAUUAACUCAUUAACUUACAAUAGGGCUUGCUGGAAGUCCAUAGGGGGAAUGCUGUUGUUGAAUUGAGAAGUGCACAGUGUGAUUGUUUACAAAAUAUUGAUAUAAAUAAAGUACUUUUCUGCCA